AUGUCAACUGCUCCACCUGCUCCAAAAGAAGCACCAAAAUCUCCACAUAUUUGGACUGGAAACUCCGAUCAAGAGGAUCGAGUUGAGACACUGAUAAAGAAAUCCGGGUGCUGGGAUCUUCAUCUGAAAGUCUCCGAUUGUAUGGGAGAACAUAGAGAUUGGAGAAAGUGUCAAGACGUGGUUUGUAGAUGGUUUUGCUUCUGA